AUGGACGCAACAGCAGAGAUGGACGAUGACGUUUUUAAGAUGGCUUGCCGCCGUUUAUCAGCAACAAACAAGCCGGUCCCCACAUCCGGAAAGAAACAACUGCUGAAACCGGAACUCAUCCCGGCGUGUGACGUUUUUGCCAGGGCGAUACUGAGAAAAGAAAAGGUAAUUUUCGAAGAACCACCUCAAGAAACAGAGGAUGAGGAGUGGGACGAUGAGGAAGCCGACACAGAGGGAACCGAAAAUAGAACGGACCAUGACGAUGAUCUUUCGGCUCAAAGUCCAAACAAUGCCGAACAUAGCAUAAAUCCUGAAACCACCGAGGGUGAGGACGGGAUUGACACAGGUGCCAAUGAUGAAGGCCUCAGCAGGGAGGAAGCCGAUGAGGCCGAGGCCGAGAGAUUAGCCCAGAAUAUCUUUCAGGGCAUCAUCAGGCGGGAUGAGGACGUUAUAAGCUUAUACUUGGAGUGGCAUGAGCACCGCUUCAACACGAACUAUAAGAACAUCAUGACGGACUUGAACCAAGAGGAUUGCUUCGCCAGGUUGGAGGAGGUGGAGGCCAUGAUCUUAAGCCUCACAAAAUCCAAUACCAUUCAUGAGGAAAUAGAGCGGCUGGAAGCCAUAUGCAAUCUAAAAGAAGUACCGGUAUAUACCGCUCCAGUCAUCGAAGAAUUUCCAAUUGACUGGACAACAACCUCAAGAGAAGACACCGAGACACCGAGGGACAUUGAGACACCGAUACAGGACAAUGCUGAAAUACCGACUUCAAAGACUGUUGAGGUACAAAGUUUAGACAAUGUCGAGGUUCCAAACUCAGAAAUUGAGGUAAUAAACUUAGAGGAUUCGGCUCAAUUAGAACCUCCAAAUGAAGAGGAGGCACCGAUAAAUCUUGAUGAAAGAGCCGAUCCUAAUCCGACCGAGCAGUCCUCUCCCACUCCACCACCGGAAGCUACCGUUUCAGUUCCUCCUAAGGAAUGGAUUGAAGACCGGCUCCAAGAGUUUGAAGCAUCCGUUUCGGGACGGAUUGGUGAGCAACUUAAGAAAUUUGAAGCGUCCACAUCGGGGCAGGUUGAAGACCGGCUUCAGAAAUUUGAAGCAUCAAUAUCAGAGCAGAUUGAUGACCGCAUACUUGAACACAACGUCUCUAAGCUUCAACCGCUCAAGGAUAGAUGCGAGAACGUUUUCGAUUCGGCCAUGCAGUUCGCCGAUGUGACAAAGAAGGUUGUGGAUCACCAUCAAGCGCGCCUAGAGCAACUCAGCACCGGACUAUGGGAAGAGGCCGGUGAGCGAGAAAACUGUGCUCAUCAUAUUUUAGCUCUGGAGGAUCUCACUUCGGAAUUAAAGAAGGAUUUCGAACGGGUUGAUCCGACAAUUGAACGAGUCUCGGUACUGGAAAAGAAAAACGAAGAUCUCGUGGCCGAAGAAAGGCUGGACGCCGAAGUUAGCAGAGACAAAGAGGCGCCGCGAGCGACUCCGCUGACCGAGGAAGAAGUAGAGGCCGAGAGAAUAAGAAGGGCUGAGAUCAUGUAUCCAGGGUAUGCUGAGCAAAUAGCAAGACAGGCUGCGGAGGAUGCCGAACGAUUGGAAACGGAGCAGCGACGGCUGGCGGGAUUUGCGAAGGAACACGAGAAAAAGAAGAAAGCGGCCGCCUCCGCUUCAGCACCGGUCGCCUCGGCUUCAGAACCGAAGAAAAGAAAGAAGCCGGCUCCUAAGAAAGUUCGGAUUGUGGAGAUGCUCAAUACAAUUUCUGACCCGGUCGAGACGGGUACCUCGCAGCAAGACGACCAAGUCGAGGAUGAAUUCGAAGAACAGCUGCGUAUUUAUGCUUUGUCCUUCGGUUAUCUAUAA